GGGGCGGCGGCGGGAACUACCGCUCCCAGGGAGCCGAGGGGCGGGAGCCGAGCCGUGCCCGGCGGGGCGCAGCAUGGAGAGCCCGGCGCUGACCUUCACCCUGGCCUACGUGGUGUUCGCCGUCUGCUUCGUCUUCCCGCCCGACGAGGUGCGCUCGGCGGGGCUGACGGUGCAGAGCCUGCUGGCGGCCUGGCUGGGCAGCGAGGACGCGGCCUUCGUGCAGUACCACCUGCGGCGCAGCACCGGCACGCUGCUGGCGCACUCCCUCCUGCCUCUGGGUUAUUACCUUGGUAUGUGCUUUGCUGCACCUGAAAAACAUCUUUAUUUUUUCUACCUGGCUCCAAAAGGAUGGAAAACUUUCUUCUUCUUCGCUGUUCUCUUCCCAGCAGUCACCAGUGCCCUGGCAUAUUACUGGUCACGGAAAGGUUGGAAAAAUCAUCCGUUAGCCCGAACGCUUGCUGUUUAUGCUCUCCCGCAGUCGGGUUGGAGGGCAGUAGCUUCUUCCAUCAAUACAGAAUUUAGAAGAAUCGACAAAUUUGCUACGGGAGCCCCAGGAGCGAGGGUGAUUGUUACAGACUCGUGGGUGAUUAAAGUGACCACCUACUGCUUACAUGUUGCCCAGCAGCAGGACAUUCAUUUGACAGUUACAGACUCCAGACAGCAUGAACUCACCCCAGAUUCAAACAUGCCUGUGCAGUUCCUCACCAUCCGUGUUGCCAGUAUUAAUCCCUACGUGAAGGCAUUUGAUAUACGGUUGAACUCCACAGAGUAUGGGGAGCUCCGAGAAAAGCUCCGUGCUCCUAUCAGCAAUGCAGCUAAUGUUGUGAUCCAUCAAAGCCUUAGUGAUUUAUUUCUAGAAACCUUUACAUCUCUGGUGGAAAUUAACCAGACAUAUCCUGUUCCAAGCACUCAGGAGCUGGAGCCGUGCAUAGGGUGUAUGCAGACUAUUGCUAACAUCAAGCUUAUCAAGAACUGCCAGGAGCCAAAUGAAGGGGAAUGCCAGCAGUGCUACUGCCGUCCCAUGUGGUGCCUCACCUGCAUGGGCAAAUGGUUUGCCAGCCGACAGGAUCAGCAGCACCCAGAGACCUGGCUGUCAAGCCAAGUGCCUUGUCCAACUUGCCGAGCCAAAUUUUGCAUUUUAGAUGUUUGCAUAAUACGAUGAGUAAUACUUGGGUAUGUUUUAACUUUUAAAAUUUGAGAGUAUUUAAUAGUGGGUUUGGUUAAAAUGGCCUGUUAGGUUUGUUUCUGGGACUUCAUGUUUUACAGGGGUGCAAACUCCAAAGCUUUCUCUUAUAGUUUUGCAAACAGAUGUAAAUCUUUUCAGUUCCUCUCCACUUUUACCUGUAUCUUUUGUUUUUUAGUUACCAGAUGUCAGUUUCUGGAAUUAUUUUUUUUUUAACCUGUAUUUUGCUUUCUUAUGUCUUGGAUGGAGUAAGGGUAUCCCUCUGUAUUUGCAGUACUAGUCUCUUUUCAAGUUUUAACAUAGGUUAAAUUAUUUAAAUUUUAAAAUUUACCUUGGCUUUUGAUUCUUUAGAAAAGGGCUAACUGAGAAAAUUACUUUGAUUAGACUUCAUUGAUACUUUUGUUACUUUAAUCCAUUUGUAAAGUUCAUAUUAAUCUUUGCAAGUGUUCACCAAACAAGUAUACCAGUUGGGUUCCUUGUGCUGGUCCUCUCCACUUACAAACGGGAUCGGUUUCUGUAGGCAAAGGAAUUUAAUCCAUGAAGAUAUACAACUCCCAUAGAGACCUUUUAUUCCAUCAGUCUGCCCCUAGCUUAUUUUUUGAUGGAUGUAUUUAUUUCAAACAACAGAAGGAUUCAGAAACAUACUCCACUUACCUACACUGAUAAUGCUAUGCAUCAAGUCUGUUGGUUUCCUGUAGCUACAUUGGUUAGGGUUUCAACACUUUUCAGGUGAUGGAUUUUUUUUUAUUUUUUUUUUUUUUUACACAUUUGAAAGGAGUGCAGCAAACAUUUGAACUGUCUACUCUGGAAGAAUGCUCAGCUAUUUCAGAGCCUGUAAGCUUUUUCUGAGGGUCAACCUUUCCCCUGAAAUCGAUGCCAGGAUCACAGAGGUAUGAGUGCUGUGCUGCAUACCUGAAGAAUGACCAUCAUUAACAAAAGUUUUUCAGGCUUGCAAUUCAAAGGCUGAUCAUAAGCAGUAGUUGCUGUUUUAAUAUUCAUAGGGUACUGAUGCACACUUCUUGAUCUGCUCUGCAUCAGAACAAAUUUUAAAAAAUCAAAGCAUUUUCCAUACAUUUAAGAGAGCUCUACUCCUGGACCUAAAUGCAGAGCUUUCCAUCACACCCUUCAGUGAAUAAUUAUUUGGCGUACUCCUAGGUGGAGAGGCUCAAGCUGCUGGAGAACAUGUGAGUUCUUACACUGACCUGUGCACUGGCAGGAGCUGACAUGGAGGUAUUUGCUUGCACAAGUUGUCUAUCUUAGAGGGAUGGUAACCUGAGGUAGAUAGGUGGGUCAACUAGUGAGAGAAUAGAGUAUUUUAAUGCUUUGGUCUAGGAGAAUAAAAGCCCUAAUGCCUUUCACCUGUAUAAUCUGAAGGAUCUUAUCAGUAAAUCACUAGCAUAGAUGAGAUGCCAGUGACUACAUGAAAAUGUCUUGAUUACCAUGACAGGCAUCUGCUUUAAGCAGGAAUAGGUGGCAGGAUUUUAAAAAGGGUGCAAGUACUGGAAACACAACCAUGAAAGAUUUUAUUAGUCUCAGCCUAGCUGCACGUUGUGUGGUAAAUGUACCAAACUGCACUUGGAGCCAGCCACCCAGGAAAUGGUUACAAAUGUGGCUGCAAACUGUAUUUUGGAGAGGGAUAAGGAACUGAGAACAGAUUUGACAGCAUCAUUUGAGAACUAACAUACCUGUUACAUUGUUGGCGCUGGGCUUUUUGUUUUGUUUUUUUAAAUAAUAUGCACUUAUAAAAGUCCAAACUGUUUGGGUUUAAGGACACUAAUGCUUGAGCAUAUCUCAGUUGUUACAUAUGCAACACCUGCUAUGCAAUUAUCUAUACUACCUAUUAAUAAUGGUGAUUUUUCUAUUUUUUAUUAUCUGUUGUUUUGGAUUGCAUAGAGUGAAAAUUUGACACUGAGACUAGUAGUAUGGAUUUGUCUCUCUUUCCCAAAGAGAUCUUAAGUGGCAUGUCCCUCUUCAUCCGAACAGGAUUAAAUUGAGUUCCUGAGUUUCUGACAGAUUUGUUGACAAACAGGUCAGUGACUGAAUUUAAAAUAUUUUCCAGUACUUCUGUGGGAAAGUUAUUUGGAAGUUUGAAAAGAUCUCUGCAGACUAUUUUAACCUUUGGAAGAUUCUUACAGGGCUGGGUGGUGUCAUCUGACAUGCACCUCCUCACCAUACAGCAGCCUUUACGAAUAAGUAUUUUGUACCAUUUACUUCUGGAAAGUUUACAUAAUGUGACACAGAAAAAAGAGAUGUAUGUGGUCCUUGAAAUAGUUGCAGAAGAGAGGGUGGGAUUUUGGAGUUGUGGUUUUGCCACAAUUCCUACAGCUCUUUUCCUGUCUGGAAUAAAAAUAUUUAUUGUAAAGAUGUGUGUAGUUAAAAUCGUAAAGGCCUUGAGAAACACAGAUAAUAGAUGCAUGUAGUUGCAGGUGGUUUUAUACAAGAAAAACAGGUCAGUUGCCAGUAAUAUCUCAUGUAAGAAGAGCUUUAGUCUCCCAGUUGCUUGUACAGUGGAGUUGUUCUUUACAGAAAUCUACUUUGAAUUGAUUGGAAGUUUUCAUUUCAGUGGAACUUUGCUUUUAUUCAUCUUACGUCUUUUGCCAAUAUAACAGUACAACAAAGUACCAGUCAUAAAUGUGUAAUACUCUUGCAUCUUUAAAUGGUAGUGCUCUAUCCACAGAAGUGCCUCUUAGAAAACUUAGUAAUAAUUACCAAAAUAAAAUGAUGAUUUAUGUUAAUAAUAGUGCCUGGCUUAAAUUUCUUAAAACAAACAUUUUUUUCCAAGUUUAAAUUGUCAAAGUCAUCUGGCAUGCCUCCAAAGUUUGUAAGCUUCUUAAAGGCUGUGUUAAGAGAACCAACUUGUUAAAAAUCUGUAUGAUAUAUUCUUGGAGACAGUAGAAGGAUAAACCAUGACAUCUCCUUGCACAGUUAUGUGAUAUCUUAUUUCUCUUGAAGAAAUCACUGAACAUGAAAAUAACAGAGUACAAAAAUACGUAUUUGUCAUUGUGAUAGCUUCAGGUCAUUGUCCGAAGAACCACAUGCACGUAUAGGGCUGUUUCUAGAGAAGAUCUCUCCCUGCAGUAAAACAAAAUACAUUGCCUCCCAGCCAAUCUUGAUACAUUUCUUAAACAUAACGAUAGGGUUCAGAAUCAGUCUUUUUACAGCACUUUUCUAAGAAAAAAAAUGAACCAAGUGAUGUGAUGGGCUAAAAUAUUUACUUAAAGAAUUUUCUUGAAUUAUUAGUGAUUAAGUGUUGCUUUUUCAGCUGUGUGUAUGCUUUUCCACAUCACUGACUUGUGAGUAGGCAAUGUUAGUAAUCUGAAGUUCAUGAUAUAAAUGUAUCAUUACAAUAAGACAAUCUGUAUGUGGGUGCACAGCGUCAGUAUAAAUAUCCCAUCUGUGUACAUACAUGUGUAGCCCAAAUUUCCUUAUGUGCUACAGCCAAACGUGUUUCUGAAAACAUGAGCUGUGGCUAUAUUAUUUAUUUCCACAGUUGUGUUAUUUCUGUAAUUACAGCAUUACAGAAAAUAUUGGCAAAGUAUGUUAUCUGUUGAUGUUUUAGGUUAAUAUAGUUUUCCAACCCAAAAAAGAUAUUUUGUCGAAGCAGGAUAUAUUUUGAAUCCAUUAUAUGAAUGCAGUUGUUUAAUAUGAGGCUUGCCAUAACUUGAAACCAAAAUACCAGUUUAUUAUGUGAUCUCUUCAA